UCCCCGCCCGCCCGGCCCGGCGCGCCUGACGUGGACCAUUAAACUUGGAGCCGCCGCCUCGGCCCCUCGCUCCGCCGCCUCCCUCUGACAGCCGGCGAGCGGGCGGCUCGGUGCAGGCAGGCAGGAGACGCGCCGCCGGGCUGGGCUGCCCGGGGGAGAUGAGUCCGCGCCGGGAGGGCGCCUCUGGGAAGAAGACCGCGGGCGAGGCAAAGUUGCAGGGCAGCUGAGGCGCUUGGCCGCAGCCCUUCCAGCCCGCUCAGCCCAGGCUAUGGAGGGCCGACUCUAAAAUGAAUCCCGACCUGGACGCCGGCCACAACACAUCAGCACCUGCCCACUGGGGAGAGUUGAAAAAUGCCAACUUCACCGGCCCCAACCAGACCUCAAGCAACUCCACACUGCCCCAGCUGGACAUCACCAGGGCCAUCUCCGUGGGCCUGGUGCUGGGCGCCUUCAUCCUCUUUGCCAUCGUGGGCAACAUCGUCGUCAUCUUGUCGGUGGCCUGCAACCGUCACCUGCGGACGCCCACCAACUACUUCAUCGUCAACCUGGCCAUUGCCGACCUGCUGCUGAGCUUCACCGUGCUGCCCUUCUCGGCCGCCCUGGAGGUGCUCGGCUACUGGGUGCUGGGACGCAUCUUCUGUGACAUCUGGGCCGCCGUGGACGUCCUGUGCUGCACGGCCUCCAUUCUGAGCCUGUGCGCCAUCUCCAUCGAUCGCUACAUUGGGGUGCGCUACUCUCUGCAAUACCCCACGCUGGUCACCCGGAGGAAGGCCAUCUUGGCGCUCCUCAGUGUCUGGGUCUUGUCCACGGUCAUCUCCAUCGGACCUCUCCUCGGGUGGAAGGAGCCGGCGCCCAACGAUGACAAGGAAUGUGGGGUCACUGAAGAACCCUUCUAUGCCCUCUUCUCUUCCCUGGGCUCCUUCUACAUCCCUCUGGCGGUCAUUCUGGUCAUGUACUGUCGCGUUUACAUCGUUGCCAAGAGGACCACCAAGAACCUGGAGGCCGGAGUCAUGAAAGAGAUGUCCAACUCCAAGGAGCUGACUCUGAGGAUCCACUCCAAGAACUUUCAUGAGGACACCCUCAGCAGUACCAAGGCCAAGGGCCACAACCCCAGGAGUUCCAUAGCUGUCAAACUUUUUAAGUUCUCCAGGGAAAAGAAAGCGGCCAAGACCUUGGGCAUUGUGGUCGGUAUGUUCAUCCUGUGCUGGCUACCGUUCUUCAUCGCUCUGCCGCUUGGGGACACUCCAGAAAAUGAAUGGAGGGAGGUGAUCAUUGCAAAGUCAUGUGCCAUGAUAUCGGAAGAGGUAACGGCUGCUACAUGCCAUGGACCAUGCUCCCUGUUCUCCACCCUGAAGCCCCCCGACGCCGUGUUCAAGGUGGUGUUCUGGCUGGGCUACUUCAACAGCUGCCUCAACCCCAUCAUCUACCCGUGCUCCAGCAAGGAGUUCAAGCGCGCCUUCGUGCGCAUCCUCGGGUGCCAGUGCCGCGGCCGCCGCCGCCGUCGCCGCCGCCGUCGCCUGGGCGGCUGCGCCUACACCUACCGGCCGUGGACGCGCGGCGGCUCUCUGGAGCGCUCGCAGUCGCGCAAGGACUCGCUGGACGACAGCGGCAGCUGCCUCAGCGGCAGCCAGCGGACCCUGCCCUCGGCCUCGCCCAGCCCGGGCUACCUGGGCCGCGGCGCGCCGCCGCCCGUCGAGCUGUGCGCCUUCCCCGAGUGGAAGGCGCCUGGCGCGCUCCUGAGCCUGCCCGCGCCNGGAGAGGGGCAGCUGCUUUUCUGGCAGGGGCAUGGGUGCCAGCCCUAUCUGAUCCUCCUGCUGUGGGCAACACUGGGCAACUCUGGCCUGGUCCUAGCUGGUCCCAAUCCUAGCUGGGGCUAUGUGGCCAGGGCGCUCGGAUUGCCGGCCGGCCAAGGGCGCACCAGGGCGCGGGUCUCUCCUGCUGGCGUAGCGCGAGGCCGUCCUGGCUUCUCCAGCCGGGCACAGCAGAGGGCGAAGCCUCCUGGGGCCGCUCCUCGCCGCCCGGAGUCAGGCGUCCUUCGUCCCUACGUGCAGAGACUGGGAAACAGCAGUGACCGAGACUGCUCCACGAUGCUUUCCCUGAGCAGGUGCUCCGAAUGGGACAAGUUGGGCGUUGAAGCGGACGCCGGCGCCACCUGCUGUCCCCCGCGCCUAAGCGAUGGAGUGUAA